AAUAAAUCUAUGUAAAAUUCUGUAGUUUAUUUACCAUUAUUAAACAGUGACAAAACAAUUACAUUAACGAUGGAAUUUUAUGAACCGGAUGUAUUAACAAAAGAUACAUCCUCGUGCAAUGGUUCUAGCAAAGAAUUCACUUUAUAUGUGAAUAAUUUACCUGACGAAUUAAACGAGCAUGGCUUUUUACAAAUCUUUAAUCACUAUGGAACAGUUAUUGGGAAAUUUUACCGUAAAAAUGCUAAUUGGGCUUAUGUUACCUAUGGAACAUAUCAUGAAGCAGAGAAAUGUAUUAGAGAUUUGGAUAAUGUACCGCCAUUGCGUUUAAAAGUAUCGUUUGCUAAAGAAAAAAAGUCAAAUACAAUACAGUCUGUAACACCGCCAGUUUUAGUGGAUGUGAGGCAACAGGAAAAUUACGACCUAAAAGAUGUUCUAUCUUUAGAUAGACCUUCCACACAAACAAAAGGACGUGGCAGACCCUUAGAGUUAUUUACCAAAGCAGGAUCAUAUGAAAGAUUUCCAAAGCACAAAGAAGAUGAUUUAUUAUAUUCAUAUCCUUCUGAUCCUGAUACAUUUAAUCCAUAUGAAAGUACAAGACCUUAUGGAAAUGCAAAUGCAUUGUGGACAAGGGGACAAUUAAUGAUUACACAAGAUGGCAAACGGCGCGUCUCGCUUGGACGGGGUUAUACAUUGUAUGAACUCCCAGAUGUAAAUCCGGAAAUUGAAACCCAGAUCUGUAAGGUGUAUGAAAAGCGUGUAGCUGGUUCAUACGAAUAUGGCAAAGACUCAUUACAAAAUGCAUUUGGAAAAUGCCAGAAAUGUUCGAAAAUGACAAAGUUUAGCUGUGAAAGAUGUCGUAGUUUCUAUUGUAGUGAAACUUGCCAAAUACUUGAUUGGCCGCAACAUAAAAGGGAAUGUCAAGUUGUUCCAUCACUAGUGACCGCCGUUAAUUCUAUGCAUGUGUCACAAUUAAAUACUGCAGAACGAUCACCUAGAAACGUUUCUUCUGUCCAAAUGCCUCUUCGCAGACCAAAAACGAUAAAAAAUAUAGUGACAUCGCCAAAUCAUAAUCUAAAUACUGUUUUAACAGACCAAGAUACAAUAGAUGUAUAUGCAAAAUCUUCCGACGAUUACGUACUUGACAAUGAAUCUAAAUGUAUUAAAACGACUACUUCUGUCCACAAUGAAAUUCAUUUCAAAUCUGAAGGAGUUGGUAUCAAUAAUGAAUUGGAUACUGAUAAUAAACAUAUUAAUGAAACAAACAGUUCACGUUCAUGUUCUAAUAAAUCGAUAGGUAAUACAAAAUCAGAUGGGCUUCAAAGUGUCGUUAAAAAGGAACAAAAUUUGAAUGCCAAUAAUGAUAUAAUAAAGAUAGAAAAAGAUAUAGCUUUUAAAAAACAGACAUUUUUGUCGAAAUCAAAAUUUAUUGAAGUACGAAUAAUUGUGAAAUUGGGCCAUGAAUUUUGGGUUCAAAAGGUGGAAGACACUUUGAAUCUUGAGGAAUUAAUGGGAAAUUUACAACAUAAUGCGGAAAAGGCAGAAAAAGUAGAACCAAUAGUUGGAAAUAUUUAUGCUGUUAAAUAUGAAGAUGUAUGGCAUAGAGCUUUAGUUCUGUCUUUAGAUCCUUUAACAGUGCAUUAUAUAGAUUAUGGGAAUGAUGAAUAUAUAAAAACAGACGAUUUUCGGGAAAUUAAUCACUUCAAAACUGUUGCAAGAUUUUCUGCUAAAAUUCGUUUAUCUGAAAAAGUAAGCCAAAAAUAUAGAGAACUCAGAUAUGAGGAUACAUUAUUUGUAAAAAUGAUAUCUGUUGAUUCCAAUAAAGUAAUAAAUGUCGAAGUUCAGGGUGAUAAUGAUAUACCGGUAACGCAAGUAGUUCAAGCAACUGAACAAGUUGCUUCCACAUUUACUGCCCUAACAAAUGCAAAAGUUAAUCGAAGUUCGGUUUCUCCAAAAGCACUCAUUAAUGAUAAGAUACCAAGUCCUUUCAACAAGUCGAAAUAUUUGAUAAAUGAUUUGGCCGUUGGAGAAACAGGAGUAGUAGACAUUUGUGACAAAUUGAGUAAUAAUACUUACAGUAUUUCAUUAAUACCGAAAACGCUUCACGAAUGGUUGUAUAAAUUAUCUUUGAUAUGUGAAAAAAACGCAGAAAAUUCUAAUCACAGACCUCAAAUAGGGGAAUUAAUAUGCGGCAAAAUUUCAAACGGUAAUUGGCGCAGGGGAUAUGUCUUAUCACUCGAGCCCCUCUUAAACAUAGCCGUAAUAGAUGAAGCCAGAGUGAUGCCAGUCAGUAAAACCGUGCCAUGUCCGGAACAAUUUUUAAACAUUUGUGCUCUUGGUGCUAUAAUGAGAGUAAAUAAUCCUGAAUAUGAACCUGAUAGUUGUAGACAACCGUUUAAAGCGAUAACGCGUAAAGAAGAUAGAAUUGAAAUAGUAAUUAUAAACGAUAAGAAACAUCAAUUUUUAGCUGAUGUAAAGCCUUGGAUUCCAACGCCCAUAGAAGAAAAUCGUUUGGAAAGUGGCUCCGAGGUUUGCCUGACUGCAUUCCGGGAUCAUGUUAAUCUGUUUGUUCGGCCAUUGGGUACUGAAGAAGUAGAAUACUACAAUCGUCUUAUGCAACAUAUUGCAAAAUGUGCCCAAAAAGCUCCAUUAUUGAAAGAAUUACCACUUGUUGGAGAAAUGGUGAUAGCUCAGUAUAUAGAUGAUAAUUAUUACCGAGCGAAUGUGACUGGAGUGGCAGAUGAUAAAGUUACUAUUAUAUAUGUUGAUUUUGGAAAUAUAGAAGUUACCAGUAUGAAGAAACUUCGAGUCCUACAUGACGAUUUAAAAGAUUUGCAUGUUUGUACGUUGAAAAUAGUUUUAAAAGAUGUUCCUCAAGAUACUCCCAUGACGAAAGAAAUAAGUGAUUAUCUUAGUCAAUUAGUAGGAACCGAGAUCCCAUUGAUAUGUACAUAUGAUGGCAUACCGUCCAAAGAUGGCGUUUAUCUUAAAUCUCAUAGCGGAGAUGAUAUUAAUAAAACGAUAUCUGAACUACUAGUACCGACUUGGGAGAAAUCUAAUGAAAAAGAUACAACGUGCUACAUGUCGGACGAUAUAACAAAUGCUGAAUUAGGAAAAGUAGGCGACGUCAUUCAAGUUAUUAUAACAUACUCCAUUCAUGAUGGCCAUCAAUAUGCAAUGUGCCCAUUAGAUUAUGAAUUAAUGACCUAUAUUAUGGAUAUAAUGCCUACAUCGAUAACUAAAUAUUGCGAGAAAUCUGAUUACUAUAUUCCUCGUGAGAAUGAAUUGUGUCUUGCUCUUUACGAAGGUGAAUGGUAUCGUGGCGUUUGUAAUCGUCGUACUAAAACUUCUACGACAAGUACAAUAUUUUUUAUUGAUUUUGGAAAUACGGAGGAUGUUAGUCAUAAAAACAUACGACUUAUGCCAAAAGAUUUUAUUAGUACUAGUUCGCUCGUUAGUAUUUGCAACAUCGUUAAUUUAGCACCCACUGAUAAGAACGAUGAAUAUACCCCCGAAAUACAAAAUAAGAUUUCAGAAUUGAUCAGUGUCAAUGACACUAUCGGAAUAAAGAUUAUUCAACGGGACGAAGAAAGUAAAAUAUACGAUGUAGAAUUGCCGUCGAUUCGGAAGAAACUAAUUGAAAAGGGUUUAUUGUCGCAGUAAAAAAAAAGUAUCGACGUUGUGCAACUUCUGCAUUCCAUUGUAAAAAAGAAAAGGCAGUUAAUCUCUUACAAACAC